AUUGCUGAAGCAUGUAAAAAUGGUCUGUUCUCAGUUGAGACACGCACGACCAAGUUCCAAACUGCCUCUGGAAGCAAGUCAACACAACUGUCGGCCGAGCAGCCCUGCCUAAGAUCACCAUGUGUCGGCUGGAGUGGCGUAAAGCUUGCCACCUUUGGACUCUGGAUUGAUGAAUCACGCUUCUACAUCAGGCUGUCCAAUGGACAAAUCUGGGUUUGGUAGAUGCCAGGAAAACACUACCUGCCUGAAUGCAUAGUGCCAACUGUAAAGUUUGGUGGAAGAGGAAUAAUGGUCUGCUUUGUGACAACAAUUUGGCGAAGACCCUUUCCUGUUUCAGCAUGACAAUUUAUCUUCCACCAAACUUUACAGUUGGCACUAUGCAUUGGGGCAGGUAGUGUUUUCCUGGCAUCCACCAAACCUAGAUUUGUCCGUUGGACUACCAGAUGGAGAAGUGUGAUUCCUCAAUCCAGAGAAUGUGUUUCCACUGCUCCAGAGUCUAUUGGCGGCGAGCUUUACACCACUCCAGCCGACGCUUGGCAAUGCGCAUCGCGAACUAAGGCUUGUGUGCGACUGCUCCGCUAAAUCCAUUUCAUAAAGAUCCCGACGAACAGUUCUUGUGCUGACGUUGCUUCCAGAGGCAGUUUGGAACUUUGAGUGUUGCAACCAAGAACAGACCAUUUUUACGCGCUUCAGCAAUCGGUGGUCCCAUUCUGUGAGCUUAUUUGGCCUACCACUUCGCAGCUGAGCCAUUGUUGCAUCUAGACGUUUCGAUUUCUACCACUUACAGUUGACUGAAGGAGCACCAGCAGGGCAGCGCUAGAUCUGGCCAGAAGAGGUGCCUGAGUCAUCCUGGCCUGCCGCAGCAAACGGAGAGCUGAGGCCGCGCUCGCUGACAUCAAGAGGGAGAGCGGGAGCAAUGAGGUGGUGUUCAUGCAGCUGGAUCUGGGGAGUCUGAAGUCUGUUCGCUCCUUUGCUGAAACCUUCCUAAAGACUGAACCCAGACUCGACCUGCUCAUCAACAAUGCAGGUAUUUACAUGCCAGGCACCACAGAGGACGGCUUGGGGAUGAUGUUUAGUGUCAACCACAUCGGUCCCUUCCUGUUGACCAACCUGCUGGUAGACCGUAUGAAGGAGUGUGGUCCGAGUCGAGUGGUCAACGUGUCAUCCAUCGGCCAUAACUUCGGCACCAUCGACUUCAACUGUUUGAGCACUCACAAGGAGUUAGGAGUUGGAAAUUCUGCCACAGAUGUUUUCAACAUCUACGCCAACAGCAAGCUGUGUAAUGUUCUCUUCACGCAUGAGCUGGCCAAGAGACUGCAGGGCACAAAUGUUACCUGCUACACCCUUCACCCAGGAGCCAUCAACUCUGAACUAUUUCGCAAUGUCAGCAAGGUGUUCAUGAUUCUGAUGAAGCCUUUCCUCAUGUUCUUCUUCAAGGACACUGUGGCGGGGUCUCAGACCACCCUACACUGUGCCCUGCAGGAGGGCCUGGAGCCCCUCUCUGGAUGCUACUUUUCUAACUGUACAGUCAGGAACCUCUAUGCUAAGGCCAGAGACAACGCAGUGGCCAAGAAGCUAUGGGAAGUCAGUGAGAGUCUGAGUGGCCUAUCCUCUUAAGAAAACCACUGUGAAUCUCCAGUUUUAACUGGGCUUCAACCUACUAACCAAUAUGCUGUGUUCUUUCCGUAAUCCGUAAUUCUUUCAGUUUUGCUUUAUAAAAUGUACAUGCAUAGAAAUAUAUGGAUGAAGCUCUUGCUUUUUCUUACCUAACAUUGAUUUAUGGGACAUUUAAUUAGAGACAUUGUUAUUUAUAUUCCUUUCAAAACUGUAAAUAAGCCUAAAAUGUUAAGAAUGUUUGUCUUGAUUGUUUGUUUUUUGUAUUCAUAGCUUUUGCCUAAGUAUCCUCCUAACCAUUUAUCAGCUGAAUUAGAAUUUAAAGAUGGCACUCAUGCCUGCCCUACAGAGAGAGAGAGAGAGAGAGAUGAGCAUGAAAGCUUCAGUAGAAGAAUCCAAACAAAGCAAAUAAGAAGAAAAGCUAAAAUGCCCCUGUGCUGUCCAAUGGGGUGUGGUUUAAGCUUUCCCGCAACUCAACAGAAAGUAGCUCUUUGCGCUGCAGAGUAACCAUGAGAAUAACUUUACAGUAAGGAAUUCUAGACCAUGAGAAUAACUUUACGGUAAGGAAUUCUAGACCAUGAAAAUAACUUUACGGUAAGGAAUUCUAGACCAUGAGAAUAACUUUACGGUAAGGAAUUCUAGACCAUGAGAAUAACUUUACGGUAAGGAAUUCUAGACCAUGAGAAUAACUUUACAGUAAGGAAUUCUAGACCAUGAGAAUAACUUUACGGUAAGGAAUUCUAGACCAUGAGAAUAACUUUACGGUAAGGAAUUCUAGACCAUGAGAAUAACUUUACGGUAAGGAAUUCUAGACCAUGAGAAUAACUUUACGGUAAGGAAUUCUAGACCAUGAGAAUAACUUUACGGUAAGGAAUUCUAGACCAUGAGAAUAACUUUACGGUAAGGAAUUCUAGACCAUGAGAAUAACUUUACGGUAAGGAAUUCUAGACCAUGAGAAUAACUUUACGGUAAGGAAUUCUAAACCAUGAGAAUAACUUUACGGUAAGGAAUUCUAAACCAUGAGAAUAACUUUACGGUAAGGAAUUCUAAACCAUGAGAAUAACUUUACGGUAAGGAAUUCCAGAGGGCGCAGUGUGUGCUAUGGGUUCUUUUUACUGAGUGCUACACAGGAUCUGAAAGCUCAAUUGCUGCCUUUCUUGUUGCUGGAGUGGUAUUGGUGGCCUAUAUGAUUUUUCAUAACGUCUUUGUCAAAGGGGCAAUAUGCAAAAGCAAUGUGAAACAGCAUGAGAACUCGUAACAGGUGUCUGUUUUUGUCAAUGCUUCCUGUAUUUCCCCACAUUGACACAUGAGGAAAGUUCAUGGCACUGUUAUGUAAUAAUGUAGAGUAGAUGUCAUUUUCUUUCCAUUUCAUGGAUAUAGCAUUCUUAAAUCCGUUUGUCUUUGUAUAUUAUUUCAUUGGGGAUUUUUGAAUGAUUUCCCUGGUUGUAAAACUCAACGAACACUAUGCUGCAGGUUGUAGGGGAGACAGGGGGCAAUUGUAACAGGUGGUGUUUGUAACAAUUAGAACUUCUCCAAACAGAAACAAGUUAUAGUACAGUACAUGCCCAUUUAGGUUAUCUUCCUGGUUGAAGAGUUUCAGACAAAUAUUGCACUGUAUUUUCUUGUACUGUCUGAGCCUUAAUAUUCAAGAACUCGAGCUAGCAUAAUUUUCAUCACGAUCUGUUAGUUCAACAUUGACAUUGUCUCUUGCUAGGCACAUUAGGUUUUGUGUCAUGGCUGCUGGAUUGGGGGCAAUUGUAACACAGUGUUAAAAUGAACCUGAGCCAAAUGAUGAAAAAAAUAAGUGAUUUUAACUUAAGAUUUUUAUGAAUUAUACAAAACUAACAUUAAAUAUCUUUGGGGUCCUGUAGAUUGCCAAAUAAGUUGUCAACAGAUAUCAAUUGGGCACUAUCAGACUAUUCAGAUGUUUUGAGAGGAGCUGAAUGGCCAUUCACAAAUGGGUGUUACUGUAAAUAUUGGUUGGUUACUUAGACAUAAUUUGAUAGCAAAAUCAUUACUUAUGUCUAUGAUAAUGUGAUAAUUCAAACAGAAGUAUUUGAAGUUGAAUUUAUUUGGUUUAUUUUUUAGGUGUUACAUUUGACCCUGCCACUGGUGGCAAAUGUAACAUCCAGACUGUGGAUUAAAGUCAGUAUUGUAACCUGACUGUUUUAUGUACUGACCUAUGAAUGAUUAGGAGACUGUAAAAAAAAUGACUGGCAAAGUUCAAGUGGUCUAUAUAUAGAGUAAAAUAUAUAUUUGUACAUUUGCCUCUGAUCUCCCCUACUUUGCAUUGAUCCUAUAAAUACUAUUUCUCCAGGAAGUAACACAAGCAUAGGGAAGAUGACGGCGCUAGAUCUGCCCAGGAGAGGUGGCAGGGUCAUCCUGGCCAGCCGCAGCAAACGGAGAGCUGAGACCGCUCUCGCUGACAUCAAGAGAAUGAGAUGUUCAACAAUCUGACUUUCUUCACAUUAGCACAUUUUAUUACAUCACAACCCUCGUGCGGUGGCAGUCAUAAGUUGAAGUGAAAUGAGCAGUUUUGGAAAAUGAUAAUUCUAUGAAUGGUUCGGCAUCAAUUGUUCAAUUAAAUUGGGACAGAGUAACAAAGAAAUGCCUGUGUCCUGUAGGAGAGUGGGAACAAUGAGGUGUUAUUCAUGCAGCUGGACCUGGGGAGUCAAGUCUAUUCGCUCCUUUGCUGAAAUCGUCUUGAGACGACCCAGAUUGCGCCUGCUCAUCAACAAUGCAGGUGAAGGAGGACUGAGGAGGUAUUAUUGGACCACUCUUUUUCUGGGUGUAUCUCGAUAAUUCUAUACUUUUCUCUCUUCCCUCUACCCUUCUUUAUUUGUGCUGACAUGGCAGGUGAAAGCAAUACACCUGUCCAGUUCCUUUGCAUCAAUGCAGGAUGAAAGAAAGGCUGUGAGGAGAUGAAGUUACUUGAGACUAUUGAGAUGCACCCUGAACUCCCAGCUCAGUUGGUAGAGCAUGGCGCUUGUAACGCCAGGGUAGUGGGUUCGAUCCCCGGGACCACCCAUACGUAGAAUGUAUGCACACAUGACUGUAAGUCGCUUUGGAUAAAAGCGUCUGCUAAAUGGCAUAUAUUAUUAUUAUUAUAACCCAUAGAAGUGAUUACGGAUGAAUGAUGUCUCGUUUCCUCUCAGGAAUGCUGGGGCCUGGCCACACUGAGGAUGGGUUUGCCAUGGCGUUCAGGGUCAACCACCUAGGUCACUUCCUGUUGACCUGCUUGCUGCUGGAUCGGCUGAAGCAGUGUCAACGUGUCGGCUCACCUACACCGGCUAGGCUCUGUGGACUUUGUCCUCCUGGGUACCCACAAGGAUCUGGUGCCAGGCCAGUCUACGUGGCUUAACUUCAGGGCCUACUGCCACAGCAAGCUGUGCAAUGUGGUCUUCAACCGGGUGCUGGCCAACCGCCUGGAUGGGACAAGCGUCACCACCUACAGUCUCCACCCAGGAGUCAUUCACACUGAGUUUGGUCGCAAUCUGAAACAAUGGCAGAGGCUCUUUCUGGAGCCCAUCACCAAUCUCUUCAUGGAUACUGAGAGGGGAGCUCAGACCACCCUGCACUGUGGGCUUUAAGAGCAUAUUGAGCUGCUGAGUGGACGCUACUUCUCUUCCUGUGCACUACAGGAUGUCGGUGCCAAGGGGCGGGACGAUGCUUUGGCCAGGAAGCUGUGGGAGGUGAUUGAGAGGCUAUCCGACCUGUCCUGAGAGACUGAUUCUAGCCCCGGCAAAGAUUUUGAAAUAUACUGACAAGAUAUUGGACACUCCUCUAAUGAUGGGAAUCAAUGUCCGUGAAGGCAAACGCAGGCGGGAGGAGUUGGGAGCAGGCUUCUCACUCUCUCACUCACAUCAUGCCUAGACUAAUGCCUUAUCACCAAGGAUGGUUUUUAAAUGUAUGGUUUUUCCUUGUAUAUUGGAAUUCAUUCCUUUUACAUUGUUAUUAAAUAUUUGUGUUUCUAUUA